AUGAUCGCCACACACACACAGGCCUACCUGUCACAGGAUACUUUUAUCGAAGAUGACGUUUUUCCGAACAUUGACCUGGGAGCAGCUAAAAUUGAUUCAACGGCGCAAUACAUCAUCUUGAAAGAUAAAGCCUAUAAGGAAUUACGCCCGUGUCAAUGGAGUUUCUACACGGAUUAUGAGCGGAGUCUUAUUCUUGAAAAUGCUAAUAAUGCAUUAAGCAGGUUGGGAUAUCUGGAUACCCAUCCACUUAGAAAGCGCAUUGCCGAAAAGACACACAGUGCUCCGCCUCUCAAAAAACAUACAGCUUUGGGAGGAGGCCUUUUGGCAAAUAGCAAAAAAUCAUCCACAACUCAUAAUUCUCCCAAGGUACAACCAGCAUCACCUCUUACCGCUGUCCAAAGAACUCGACGGCCUGCAACAGAAUCUCCCGAGUUGGAUCUUAGCUCUGGCCAACUCCGCGCAAGAAAACUUCGUGUUGAUGGCUCACCCGGAAAAAUAUCUUCCAAAAGGAAGUUUGUUUACUCGCUGUCUCUGUCUGCUGCUUCUUCUGAUGACGAGAAGGCAGUGAAGAGAUCAAAGACUAAUGGGGUACGCUCAAACAGCAACGGUAGCACAGUGAGUACUACUAGCACUACGGGAAGAAAUGCCAGUCAUGGGACGCUGCCAUCUUCAGUCAAUGAGGAUGGCGCGAGUGAUGAAAGAAGUGAUGACGACGUAAAAUUGCUGAUUAUGGCAAAACAUCCCAGUAUUGUUCCUCCAAGACCACAAAGUGCUCUUUCCAUAACGAACGCUGAAAAGAAACAGCAAUAUUACUCACAGCUCGCCAUGAAAUUUCGUUCCAAAUACCGGGAAUAUGAGAAACUCCACAGGACACUUACAAGCAGCUUCAAGAAAGGAGGCGGGCCCGAAAAGAAGAAACAGCUUACACGCUUGUUUGAAAUGCACAAUUGCUUGUCCGAGUGGAAAAAAAAAUUGUGGGACUACCACAACGAGAAUAAUUUGACUGAAGGUAUCAUGAACCUUUCAAGACAUCGCAAGUCUAAUAAUACUCUGAGCGCUCAAGUAAACGGUGUGAGUCCAACAAGAUCCAUUGGCUCACUCAAUUUCAAUAAAGCCCAUACUACAAGUCCUGCCAUUGGAAGCAAUGAACGGUUUGGGCACCAAAAACAACAACAUUACCGUCAAAGCUCGUCCACUAUCAAAGUUGCUCUUGAUUACUAA